GCCGAAACGAACCGUUCUUGAUUCAUUCAUCACCACCAGAUCUCAUUCACUUGAAUCUACAAAAUGACCGAAGUCGCCGCCUCGAAGAAAUUUGCAUUACUUGCCACGGGCGGCACCAUCGGAACUAAGGCCAAUAACCCUGAUGAUAUAGACUACGGCUCUAUGGGACACGGUGAAUAUGUCUCAGCCAAUAAACUCUGUGAGGAGACCCGGGUCAAUGAAGUCGCAAGAAAGCUCGGUGUGGAAAUCGACCCCGAGGACUUUGAAACCAUUGAUAGCACUGCAAUCACUUCCAAAAUUUGGAGCAAUGUUGGUCAAAAGUGCGAGAUGUUGUCUGAAAACGAAAAUAUCAAGGCUAUCAUCAUCACCCAUGGAACAGCAAGCCUUGAGGAGACUGCAUUCGCCCUGUCUAUGGUUCUGAAACUGAAUAUUCCAGUCAUCAUCACUGGGUCCAUGAGCCCAUUGAAUGGAACAUUCUCAGAUGCACCGGCCAAUCUCGUCGCCGCGUUCCACGUGGCUGCUUGUAUGUGCGAACAUAAAUACAAGGGGGUUUUGGUGGUGUUGAACAACGAAAUACAUCUACCCCGUUUUGUCACGAAAACUCACACCCAGAAUCACGACGCCUUCAAGUCACCAAAUUCCAAGUCCAUCGGUCGUAUUAUCAAGGGCGAAGUCGAAUUCGACGAGCUCAUGCAGCCAAAGCUUCCCGCAAAUCUUGGAUUCACUGUCCAAAUGCUCGCCAACUCUCCGCGCGUCGACAUAGUGUGCAGCUACGUGGGUGCUGAUAGCGUGGGCAUCAACGCGUAUGUCAAGGCUGGAGCAAGGGGGAUCAUAUCCAUGGGUUUUGCGCCUGGACUAGGAACACCGGCAGAGAAAGAGGGGCUUGAUGUUGCCAUAAAGGGUGGCUGUGUGGUGGUUCAGUCGGUACGAGUUCUAUCUGGGGAGGUGACUGACAGUGAAGACCACAAGAAGAUGGGCAUCAUUGCUGGGAACAACCUCAGCCCCUGGAUAGCGAGAAUCGUUGUCCAACUUGCGAUUAGUAAGAGCGACAAGACUAAAGAGGAUGUCAAAGACAUACUCUGUAAGGCGUUCAGCAACCUUUAGUUUGCUUUCAGGAGAUUCAUGCCGAGCUACGAAAUGACACUCUUGGUCUCAUGCUACACCUGUAUCAAGAGGAUUUCUUUCGGAAUAAAGCCUUAAUAGAGCGAUCUAUUCAAGCCAUAGUUAACGGGACAACCCGCAGUUACUCAUUCUUAUUGACUAUAUAAAUAUAACAGGG